AGUGUGCGUUUUCGUUUCAGCUUUACCAUUGCUGUUGCAGGCUGCUCAGAUAGUACACAGCCCUUCCGAGCCGAUAGACGUACAGUUAAGAACGAUGGCCUCAAAUGUUUCGAAUACCUCUCCCGCAGCAAACCAACUCGUCUGCCCGUAUCAUCCUGCUGCGGCAUUAGUCGACGACUACCAUACCGGCGACAUGAUAUGCUCCGACUGUGGCCUUAUCGUCGGUGACCGUAUGAUCGAUCCGUCCAGCGAGUGGCGCACAUUUAGCGACGACCCAAGCCGGCCGGAUCCAUCCCGUGUCGGUAGCACCGAUCCAGUACUACAAAAUCUGGCCACAUUUUUACAACCUUCUGCCAACGGCUUUGAGCCGCCCAACCAUUUCUCCUUCCUCAAAAUGGACACCACAACGCGCAAGCUAAUGUUCGGCUUCGCCAUGAUCGCCACUAUGGCGGAACGCAUCAAUGCACCGGCGUCGAUCGUGAGCCAUGCUAAAACCAUCUUCAAGCAAGCGCUGGAACCGGCCGCGCUAACCCAUCGGUCGAUAGAAGCAGUGUCUGUAGCCUGUCUGUACAUCGCUUGCCGGCAGGAAGGUGUGCCGCGUACCUUCAAGGAGAUGUGCGCGGUUUGCUCGGCCGGCAAGAAGGAGAUUGGGCGCUGCUUUAAGCUAAUCACCAAGGUGCUGGCUACAUCGCUGGAUCACAUCACGUCGGAAGAUUUUAUGCAGCGCUUCUGUUCGAAGCUGUUUCUUCCGCACGAAGUGCAAAAGGCAGCGACGCACAUUGCGCAGAAAGCGUUCGAAGCGGACCUCGUGCCGGAUCGGUCGCCCAUCUCGGUGGCGGCUGCCGCCAUCUACAUGGCCUCUCAGGUGUCCGCUACGGCGAUGAGCCUGAAAGCGGUGGCAGCGAUUGCCGGUGUCGCUGAGCUGACGAUCAAGCAGUCGUACAAGCUGAUGCACCCGCACGCUUGGGAGCUGUUUCCGAGGAAGCAUCUGUUCUACAAGCACAUCGGCAUGCUACCAAACUGGAAGUGUUUGAUUUAGAAAUUUCAUUUCAUGGCUUAACCGGCUGAAGGAUCACCGCAGAACUUUUCCGCCAUUACCGUGAGCACGUGUUCAAACUUGGCGUGACGCUCCUCGGCCGGCACCAGUGCGCCCUUGCUGCCCCACAGGAAUUUCAUCUGAAACUCAGUCCUACGUGGUAAAAUGAGAAAGUGAGCCCAGUUAGUUUUGUUCGAUUUUGUUGCAGUAAAUCAUUUAACACCUA